AUGACUCCUCCUUUGGGUACAGUUUUGUUUCUUACAUGUGGUUUCUCUGCCUACUCCGGUGCACAGGCAAAUACACCCAUCCCCAAACCUAUAUGCGAUUCCUCCAAAGAGAUUUCAGUCCGCUAUAGCUCUACAUCUAAACGCAUCUACCUAGAAUCCAUCGACGGGUCUCGUGGCGGGUGCGCUAGCCCUACCAUGGUACACGAGGCCUUGGGCGACGCGAGCCCCCUAUUUCCACUUGAAACACCCGGGGAAUGGAUGCUCUCAGAAUCUCUGCAUGUUUUGGAUGGAAUUACAUUGAAUUUGUACGGAACCGAUGUGGGUGGUGAUGUAGACUACAUCAAGCUCAGAAGCGACUCUGAAAUGACGGUAAGCAUUCGCGCUCACGGAGGAUCGCUGGAUUUGCUCAACACAAAGGUAACCUCGUGGGACUCCUCCAAAGGUGACGUAGACACUGAUUGGAGCGAUGGUCGUUCAUUCCUCAGCGCCAUAUCUGAAGUUGUGCUCGACACCAGCGAGACGUGUGUAGGUUCCGCCAAAAACGACAUGGGAGAAGCACGCAUGGAUAUUGAAAACUGCGAAAUCGCUUUCCUGGGGUACGAGGAAGCAGAAAGCUGGGGAAUUAGCUGGAAAUUACGCGGUGUUUGCAACGAUAAAUCAAACCUGGACAUGUACGAGGGAGUCGGGGUGUACGGCAACCUACUCGGAAGCGAAGUCCACGAUCUUUACUACGGGCACUAUGGGUACAGACAAUCAUUCGCACUCCUGAGCAGAAACAGCGUUUACAACAACGAGGUGUAUGGAUUUGACCCACAUGACGAUUCUGUCAACAUUACUAUUUCGCACAAUGACGUGUACUUUAAUUUCAAUCACGGCGUGAUAUGGUCCAAGUAUUGCCACAAUGCAGUAGUCACCAACAACCACGUGCACGACAAUGGUGGCGUGGGAAUCUUUCCGCACUUCGUAUCCGACAACGCAUACAUCGCACACAACACGAUAGAAAAGAACGGCGACAGUGGCAUUGCCUUUCUGGAAUCUAGCGGAGGUCUCGUGUACAACAACACCGUGCGUGAAAACGUCCACGGAAUUCGGUUCUCAGUCGGCUCACGCCAAAAUGUGGUAGCCGAGAAUACUUUCGAGGCAAACUCUGGAUAUGACCUAUAUCAAUACGCGGGUAGCGAUGAGGUGGUGGAGGUAGACAGUGGAAACCCCACUGGCAAUGUGAUAUACGCGAACCUGUUUUCUGGGAACGUCGGGGGAGCGCGACUGGACGAUUCCAUAGACACCCAGCUCAUCAUAAACUCGGUCGAAGACUGGGCCAGUAUCGAAAUGGUGGAUUCGAUGAACACUCUGGUUCAGGGCAACAGUUUUCCAGACGACAUGAUGUACACUUCCAGCGGAUCGUGUAUCAAUUCUGCUUCAGAUGUGUCCUUCGGCGAAGUUUGCACCGACGCCGCAAUCGACCCCGUCGACCGGAGCGACCACCACACCUACCACCCAACAAAUGAUCCAUCGGAUACGGUCGCCACCGAAUCUCCGCCUGAUCCACAAACGUAUGCACCUACUGUGUCUCCACAUGCAUCCGCGUUUACUACAAGACCCACCUCUCAACCAUCUGCUCAUACACUUACCGCAUCUCCCACCAUCAUUAUCAAAAAUGGUACGGAGAGCAGCUACAGGAGUAGGGGUGCCAACGAGGGGGAUGGUGAUGACUAUGAUGAGUUUGAAACGGAAUCGCCGACACCCAUGACUGCUCGUGGGAUCGAAGUUGACGAUGAUCGCGACGCCCAAG